AUGGCAUCUCCGCAGAUUCAUCAGCCUAAAGUAGACGAUCUCAAGAUAUCGGAUCAAACAGUUGAGCAUGUAGACGACGAUCAUCAUGCUAUUGAGAAAUACAAUGAUCAUGUAGAUCGUCAUCUAGCUGUCAAGUGUCCGGAAUCUAUCAAGCAUUUAAAUCAAGAAGAGCUUCGAAUUUUAGAUAGAGCAAUCACAAGGAAGAUCGAUUGGUUACUUAUGCCCGUGCUUGUUUGUCUUUACAUCCUAAAUUACUUGGACAGACAGAAUAUAUCGAGUGCUAAAAUAGCUGGAAUAUCAAAGGAUCUGAACCUGUCUACUACCCAAUAUAAUACGGCAGUAUCCGUUUUAUUCGCUGGAUACGUUUCACUCCAGAUACCAUCAAAUAUGAUUGUUUCUAAAAUCAAGUAUCCCGGUAUAUACAUUUGUUUCAUGUGCGGAGUUUGGGGCUUGAUUUCAGCUUGUACCGGUGCGGUACAGUCUUUCGCGGGUCUAGCAGUAUGUCGAACCAUGCUAGGAUUCGCGGAAGCUGCUUUCUUGCCAGGCUCAAUUUUCCUUGUAUCAUGCUUCUACACGAAACAAAGCAUGGCUCUACGAUCAGCCAUUUUCUAUUCCGGAUCUCAGAUAGGUAAUGCUUUUGGUGGAUUAUUUGCUUUAGCUAUAUUGGAGCUCGAUGGCGUGCAUGGAAUUGCAGGAUGGAGAUGGUUAUUCAUUGUCGAAGGUGUCAUGACCAUUGGUUUAGCUGUCAUAUUCGCUACAUUUAUUCCUAACACACCAGAAACUGUUAGAUGGCUCACGCCUCAAGAGCGAGAGCGGUUGAUUUAUAAAUUGCAAAUCGACCGAUCAUCAAAGGACUCCACCGACGAGGUGACAGUGUGGACAGCCUUCAAAAUGGCAGUGACAGAUCCUAAGACUUGGCUACUAUGUUUGGUUCUGCAAUUAGACUUCAUUGCAGCUUCUGUUACCAAUUUCUUCCCUGUGGUACUCGCUGGGCUGGGCUUUAAUCGAACAAUCACACUCGCCAUCAGUUGUCCACCUUACGUCAUCUGCUGUUUCGUGAUCAUCAUCAACGGUUGGCAUUCGGACAAGAAGAACGAACGUACAUUACAUGUUAUCAUACCAAUGUGUUUCAUUGUUGUCGGAAACGUCAUUGCGGUCUCAACAACCAGUACCGGUGCUCGAUACUUUGCUAUGUGUAUAUUACCAUCAUCCUUUUAUGCCGCAUCAACCGUAAUCUUAUCUUGGAUCUCAUCAUCAAUGACUGGACCAGCAAUCAAAAGAGCUAUAGUUUACGCUCUGAUCAAUUCGAUCUGUAACACGCCGAAUAUAUGGACAUCAUAUUUGUAUUACGAUUCUCCAAGAUAUAUCGCUGCUUUCGCAGUUGAUUUGGCAGCUGCAGUAGGAGCCAUCUUUUGUGCAGCAGGGACUUAUCUGUAUCUCAGAAAUCAGAAUAGGAAAAUUGAGAGAAGUAUGGAUAUGGGUAAACAUGGUCCUACGCAACUUCAAAUUGAAGGUGGUUUCAGAUACCAGCUGUAG